CUUCACCUGACAUUGUGAUCAACCGAGAAUACAAUCGCACUCUCGAGUUUUUUUACCCACCACAGAGAAGGAGCGAAGUAGCCCCGGACGAUUCCGCGACAGGCACCAGUCAGCCACCAACAACAGGAGAUGACGCCCUUAUUCUUGGACUGGAGCAUUUGGAGGGCAGAUGUCGAGCACAAGUAGUCCGUGGAAAGAUGUCGAGUACACCAGCAGGAGAAAAAAGUCCGUCCUCUAUCGCGAAGACGCCGUUGGUUGAGUUAAGGAUAAGAUUAUUUGUUUAUACUAAAAAUACUAAAAUGGUUGAUAAUGAUCACGCCUAGUAACAUUGUCUCCGAGCAGUGAUGUAGUAGUUUAUGCUACUUACAAGAAUCAUGAGACAUCAGGAGAUUCAUUGAUGUUGCAAUUGUUGCGCAUACAGGUAACUCUAAUACCCGACGCUCUGCUCCUUCCCGCAACUUCGCCUGUCCUUGCCGCCAGUACAACGGAGGAGGAGAAUUAUUUAGGAGGUGCAGCUCCAGACGAGGACUCACCGCUGCCACUUUCUGUGGUAAUGACAAGUGAAUCUCCCACUGCGCGAUGCCGAGUCAAUGUGAG